AUGUGCCAUCACCAUAGCCCCACACCACUAUCACAGCCACCACCCCUUUAUCUUUUCCCCCCACCACCACGCCAACCCCACUCUAGCAACGAUGACCUAAACUCCUUCAGCACUCUUUCACAGUACACUUCACUUAACCCCCUGGGUGACAGAGUGUUGGUCAAGAUUAAGACAACAGAGGAGAAGACUAGAGGUGGUAUCUUACUGACAACAACAACACAAACAAAGUCCCAGGGAGGUGAGGUGGUUGCAGUUGUAGAAGGUCGGACAAUUGGAAAGAACAAGGUGGACAUCAACAUAAGGUAA